AUGGAACCCGGAGUAAUAAUUUUAAAUAUACUAUGGACCAUAUCAUUCUUUUCGACCCUUUGUAUGGCAACGGCAUUCCAUUUAAGUGGAAAGAAUCCGAUGGUGAAAAUAUUUUGUAUAUCUACAGCUUUAAUGUCUUUAAAUGUUCUAUUUAGCAUUGUAUUCGAUAAUCAAUUAGAAAGGGCACCAAAAGCCUUUUGCUUUUUCCAAGGUUUAUUUCUUCAAUUUAACACAUUCGCUCAAGAUAUAUCUGCACUUUGUUUCUCAAUACACGUUUAUAGACUAAUAGUUUUGAAGAUAAAUGAUACAUCAAUACGUAUAAAGAAGCAAUAUUAUAUAGCUUGUGCGGUUUAUACAAUAACAUUCACCACGAUCUUGGGGAUAGUUGCUUCACAUACUGAUUCGAUUCAACCAAGAAAAAUGAAUUGUGACGUCUUAAGUCCAGCUUAUGUUCGUUUACUUGGUUAUUCUGGAGUAAAUGUUGUAUUUGCCAUACCUGGAGUGUAUUUUAGUGGUCAUUCAGCUUAUAUGGUAUUUCGACAUUUGGAAAGAUUUAGAACGAUAUCUUUAAAAAGCAGUAACAAAUCAUCCAAUCCUACAUUAACUGGUAGUCAAGAGUCAAGCAAAAAUGAUAUCGAAAGCAAUAAAGAGAAAAAUAAUGAACAUGAACCAUCACAGUCACUACCACCACUACCGCUAGCCAUUUUGAGCGACAACGAAGAUAAUGAUAUCCAAUUGUUAGAUGGUAACGGUAACGUCAGCAAUAAUAAUGAAUAUGAACUAACGACGUUUUCGUCACCAAUAUCGCCACCACUACCAGUAUUUUCCAACGACAACGAUGAAAACAUUAUUAGUAGCUAUUAUGAGAACCGCUUAUCAGACGGUGAAGGCAAUAAAGACAGUGUCAGCGGUAAUAACGAAUAUGGGUUGACGACACUUCCAGUUACUUCCAUAAUUAUUAACGAAGGUAAAAAUACCAACACUUCACAAAACCGAACAGUAGUUCUACAAAAAAAAACAUACGAUACAACAAAAUCUGCAGCAAAACGAUCAAUCACUACCUUAAAAGUUGCACUGACUGGAGAAGAUUUUAAUCCGCACAUACAACCAAAUGAUGUAAUUGGUAGUAUGAUUGGUAUAAUAGUCACAUCUGUAUUUUGUACUUCCAGUGAAAUUAGAAGACUUAAAUCAAUAUUCACCAAAAGAUAA